GGACAGAGCUAGAGACUCUUCAAUGAAUUGAGGCAGGCAGUCAUGAGAAAAGUAUGACUGCGAACAUGGAGUAUUAUGAAAGGACACGGUAGGGCGGCGCUGUCUUCUUCUACGUUUAAAUUCAAGCGACACCGAGUGUGAGUGACAGAAAUACCCGUGGCUCGCGGCUACGGGAUAAUUUGCACAACAAUGGCAACUCCCUACCAGUGAGGAACUUUGCUGCCCUGCCCCCCUUCCUCCCUCCGUCCCCGACACCUUGACACAACUAUUUCCCGUCUCCUACUUCCUCUUAUCUUCUCCCCUUCCUCCUGAAUUCCUCCUGUGCUACUCCUCAAAUCCCUUCUUGGUUUCAACAUGGACUCCUCUGGACAAGUAACCACCUCAGCUCCUGAUGGGACAUAUCGAGCCCAGGAGCAGCCCCGGUCGCUCGGAUCUCAGCGGACUCUACUCUCUGGGUCGCACGUUGGGCAGGGGCCACUUUGCUGUGGUCAAACUGGCUCGUCAUGUCAACACGAGGCAACUGGUUGCUGUCAAGAUGAUUGACAAGACAAAACUUGACGUUAUGGCAACAAGCCACCUCUUACAGGAAGUGAGGUGCAUGAGACUAGUGCAGCAUCCCAACGUGGUUCGCCUCUACGAUGUCAUCGACACGCCCAGCACCCUCUUCCUCAUCAUGGAGCUAGCUGAGGGGGGCGACCUCUACGACUACAUCCUCCGCCACGAGGGAGGCGUAGCUGAAGGCAAUGCCAAGCGCCAUUUUGCCCAGAUUGUGCGUGCUGUGGCGUACUGCCACCAGCUGCACGUGGUUCACCGGGACCUGAAGCCGGAGAAUGUGGUGUUCUUUCCCCAGCAGGGGGCGGUGAAGCUAACGGACUUUGGGUUCAGCAACUUAUUCCAACCAGGGACAAUGUUGGCCACUAGCUGUGGGUCGCUAGCGUAUUCUGCUCCAGAGAUUCUGCUGGGGGAAGAGUAUGAUGCUCCAGCAGUUGAUAUCUGGUCUCUCGGGGUGAUCCUGUACAUGUUGGUGUGUGGAGUCCCUCCUUUCCAGGAAACCAACGACAGCGAGACUCUGGUCAUGAUUCUGGACUGCCGCUACGCUUCCCCCGAACACGUUUCAGACGACUGCAGAGACCUGAUCUCCAGGAUGCUGCAGAAGGCCCCGUCUCUGCGCGCCUCGCUGCAGGAGAUCCAGGCUCCCUGGCUGCAGGGGCUGGAUGACGCCCUACUGAGCCCCGAGGCCCCGCCACACUGGCUCUCAGGGGCCCUCUCUCCAGGCUCUCCCCGCUCAGGAGCACCUGAGUGUGGGGAUCUGCUUGCCGCAAGACCCCCGCCUCAACCUCAGACCUUCCCUGGCCACUGGCAACCCAGCCUCAGCUUCACCCUCAGACCUCCUCCCGCUGAAGAGCCACCUGUCCCUAAGAACAUUCCUGCACUACAGCAGAUAUGUGAGGGAGAGGAGGAGGAGGAGGAGGAGGAGGAGGAAGAGGAGGAGAAGGAGGAGCAAAAAGAAGGGUUAGGAAGCUUAAUGGAGAUAGUGGAGGAGGAAGAGGAGGAAGAUAUGGAGAUAGAGGAGGAAGACAGUGGGUGUGUGAUUUCAGACCAGCCUGUCGGUCAUGGAGACAGGCCUCUCAGGCCGACCCCCGCCCUCCCACCGUCCUCUCUGCCUGGUUUGGUGGUACCGUGCUGUCGGGGGCAGCCGGAGUCCCCGAGCCCGGAGGAAGGAAGCGACGAGGAGACAGAACCCAACAACAACAAGGCUCCUCCUCUCCUCCCUGAUCCCUCUGAGCCCUCCAUCCCCGCCUCCUCUCCAAGACUCAUCCUGAGCGACAAGGAGGCGCAGAAACAGGAGAGAACAGAGGAGGGGGGGAGAGAGGACCUCUUAACGGACAGAUCUCCACCCCGGGAAGAGGCUGCUCCGAGGGUGGAGCAGGGGAAACGACACAGCCUAAAGCUGCGUGAGAGACUCUUCCAGUUCCCCCUGUGUGAGAAAGCUCUGGCCUUCAACAUACCCACACAGAACAAGCCCAAGAUCCUGCCGCUGGCUCAGUACAACUGCUGCCAUGUGCUGUAAGUGAACCCACUGACUGGGCACAUGCAGGCUGCUUAGCAGGGGGCAGGUGGCGGGACACUGAGAACACCACCUGUGAUGUGCAGGAGCCAAAUGGGACGUGUACAGCUAAGCAACAAUCACCCCCUUCUAGCAUUGUGCUCAUGUAAUUAACAUUGUGCUGAGCUAGAGGGUGGUGUACAGCACUGUAGUCAGACUUAGUAGAAACCUCAAUGCUACUGUUACCGGAGAUUUAUAAUGUGUCCAAUCUGUAGCUUAGAAGCAUACUGGACCUACAAGAAGAAAGAGGUAGGCUACGUUCACACUGCAGCUUUAGUGCUCAAUUCUGGGAAUUCUUUGGUUUGGCUGUUUUCCGUUAUAUUUUUAGAAGUGACCAUUAUUGUGUGAACUGGUCCUGAACUGACCCGCAAUUGCACAAAAUAAGAAUUACAAAGAAGUCCACACACAGAUAACUUUCAGAAGCAUGGUGGCAUGGUGUUGGUCUACAGAGGAAGCAGGUGAUCACUGUCCCUCCACUGUAUACACAAUGUCAAAUUAGACAGAAAAGUCACAUGAAUUCAGAUUGAACUGUUCCAAAAGAAAUAUCAGACCUGCAUCUGCCCCAAAUCAGAAUUAAAGAGGCCCUAUUAUCUUUUUUUGUUUCCUUUCCUGUCGUGUGUUCUAUAGGUUUGUGUGCAA